AUGUCUGUCAAGAAGAAAGUCUACAACGUGUCUGUGCCAAACUGGAAACCUUGGUACAUUGAACACCUGUCUAUAUUGAACACUUUUAGCUGGUCCCAUGACUGUUCACUUUACAUAGGUUCCACUGAAACGGCGAGGAGGAUCCAGUCGGGAUGGAAUAGUUGGAAGAAGAUCACCGGAGUUGCAUGUGACUGCAAGAUCCCAGACAAGGUGAAGGGAAAGCAUCACAAGCUCAUGGUCAGACCGGCGAUGUCAUAUGGAUUGGAGACGGUCCCUCUAAUAAAGUCGCAGGAAAGGGAACUAGAGGUGACAGAGAUGAGGAGGAUGAGAUAUGAAGUCGGAGGAACUAGGUUGGACAAGAGCAAGCAUGAGACAACUAGGGAAAUACUGGGAAUUGAGCGAUACGGUGGAAAUAUUCGGGAGAUUCGACUUAGUUGGUUCGGGCAUGUGUAUAGGAGGGAUGAAGAGUACGUGGUGUAUAGGAGGGAUGAAGAGUACGUGGCGAAGAGAGUUAUGAGUAGGAUAGUUGCACAAGGUCACCGUCACGCUCUAGCAAAGAUCUGGGAAAUGGUCACUUUUGCAUGUGUUCUCGUCAAUACAAAGAGCCAAACAAAAGCGGUGCAGCGCCACCAUGACUAA